CCUCUGCUUGCAUGCUCUUCCUCUGCUUGCAUGCUCUUCCUCUGCUUGCAUGCUUUUCCUCUGCUUGCAUACUUUUCCUCUGCUUCCAUACUUUUCCUCUGCUUCCAUACUUUUCCUCUGCGCCUUGCCACUACACUUUUCACAUAUGUGAGGUGGUAUUGUAGACAUGUCUAUUUGUCUAUUUGUCUAUAUGAGCCUUUAUCUUUUCUUUUUCUUUUGGCUUGAUAUAGCCCUGCAGAAGUUUUACUUUAUUUUAUUUUAUUUUUGCACUUGUAUCCUGAUACUAAGAAAAUCUUUUUUCCUCCUCCCUCCUCUCUGCUUUUUUUUUAC